UGGGUGGUGCUGGUGGCACUGAGCCCCGGGUGACAUCCCUCUCAGGAUUCUCCCUCAGUGACACCGAGCUCUGGGUGGUUCCCACACCAGUGGGCAGCCCUGCUUGCCUCCAGGCUAGUGGGCACUCCUGGUGGCACCAAGCUGGUGGGAAUUCCUGGUGCUGCCAAUUUCCCGGUGGUUCCCACCUGUGCUGAGCCUGAAUGCCCUUGGUAGCACUGAACUCUGGUGGCAUCCAGCUGGUGGGUGGCACUCUCGGGGCUGUGGGUUUCCAUGGCAGGUGUCCCUUCUGGUGGGAGCCACUCCAGCACACCAGUAUUGGUGCUGCCUGUGAGCUUUGCCAUCGCCAGCAGGCCAGGGUCUGGCUCCAUCCCUCUUCCCAGCCUCCUCCAUUUUAGGUAUUUCCUAUCUUAGGACUUCUCAGGGAGCAGGGGGCAGGGUCAGGAUCCUGGGGCCUCCCCAUGGAGGUCCUGUGCUCUGGGCCCACUGGACUGGGGCAGAUGGGCACACGAUGGGCAGGGCUGGGGGUACAGAUGCUGCCUUGCUACCAUCCUGUGGAUGGGAGAGGUGGGACCCCCCACCCAUGGAUGCCUCAGGAAGAGGGACUGUGUGUGCCCCUCUGCUGGGUCAGGCAGGGCCCUGUCCCCUCAGCCCUCGGUCCUGCCCAGGCCCGUCCAUGCCGGCGUCGCCCGUGGGAUGCUCUGAGUCAGCAGCAGUCUGUGCUCCAUCCUGCCCUCGGGGAGCCCCCAGCCUGAGUGGGGUGUCGAGGGUUCAACAUCCCCCUUGCCAGUGCUGCCAUCCCAGUGAUGAAUGUUCUGGUCUCUGCUGGGACUCUGUGAACACCAUGGGGCCGAGGUCUGCCUGCCAGCCCGUUUUCCAUCACCUGUCCCACACGCUCAGGACCAAGCGUGUGCAUGUUCAUAUGUGUGCACAUGUGUGUGCACGUGUGUGUGCCUGCACAGCUGCUCCACCCUGGCCUGGCCGCACUUGCUGUCGGCACAACCAUGAGCUCCCGGCAUCCCCAACGCUGCUGUACCUGGGCUGGGCCCCAUCCCCUGCCCCGGAGCCCGCCCCGUGCCCCCCGCCCCGGCCACCACCCCCUGCCAGCGCCGUGCCGGGGCGGGAGCGUCCCCCCGCACGGACCCCCACCGGUGUGUCAUGUCCGAUCAGCGGCCAGGCGGGUGCCUGGGGCGAGGGGCUUUGUGCCUGGGCAGCGUGGCUGUACAACCCCCCCGGCCGCGGCAGCCGAGCCCAUUCAGCUCCAGCGGCCUGCGGCUAAUCUGAGCUGAUGCCUGGCUGCGUGGCUCGGGCGGUGUCCGCUCGGUGGUUUUGGGAAAAGCCCCAGCUCGCUGCUCCGCUGGGGCAGGAGCAGCAGGGCACCACUCCCAGCGGACCCCCGGCUUCCCGGCUCGUCCUGCCCGGCAGGUUCCUGCGGGACGACUACUCCAUCCAGGUGGCCAUCAAUGACUACCUGGACAUCUACUGCCCGCACUACGAGGGGGCGGUGCCCGCCGGCCGGGCAGAGACCUUCACGCUCUUCAUGGUGGACCGGGAGGGUUAUCGCGGCUGCUACGAGACCCCCGGCGCCUUCAAGCGCUGGGAGUGCAACCGGCCCCGGGCUCCCUUCGGGCCCGUCCGCUUCUCCGAGAAGAUCCAGCGUUUCACCCCCUUCUCACUCGGCUUCGAGUUCCAGCCGGGGGAGACCUACUACUACAUCUCCGUGCCCAGCCCCGAGAGCGCCGGGCGAUGCCUGAAGCUGCGCGUCACCGUCUGCUGCCGAGGCACCACGCCAGAGCCGGUGACAGAGGUGCCCAAUUCGCAGCCCCGAGGGCGCGGGGGCCCCGAGGAUGCGGUGCCUGCCCGGGGCACCGCGGUCCCAUCGCAGUCCUGCAGCCCGUGCCUGGCGCUCGUGCUCCUGGCCCCGCUCUGGAUCUGACCCCGGCGCUGCCCGUGGCGGGGGGAUGGGCUCCCCUGCCCCGACGCCGCUUCCAGACUCUUCCUCACAGCCAAACCCCCCAAGCCCGUGGGGCAGCCCCAGGCCAUGACCCGCCUGCUGGACCUCCGCAAAGCCGAGCUGGGGCCGGGAGCUCCGGGCUGGAAGGACCAUCGCUUGCCACCGGCAUCAGCGCACAUCGGGAUCGCCACGAGUCAGCAUCGCCGCGCGCUGGGAUUGCCACGCCCUGGCACUGUCCCGCCGGCCACCUGCCCCGGUGCUGGGGUCCCCUCAGCGAACGCCUGCUCUGCCCCACGGCUAUCACCUCAUCUCGUGCCUUUCCCCAUGGACCCCCGGCUCUGGGGCCCAGGGACCCCCAGCCCCGGAGCGGGGCAGCAGCUCCGAUGGCGGCAUCCGCCGCUGCCGUGUCCUCCUCCAGCGAGGACACGCUGAUCUGUCUUCUGGGAAGACGCCUUCCUCCGUGCCCUCGGUUUGGUUUUAACCCCUGGUAGUGACUGAGCAAUACAGUAUUUGCAAGAUC